GGCGGGGCGACAGGCAUCGGGCCCCCAGGCGGGGCGACAGGCAUCGGGCCCCCAGGCGGGGCGACAGGCAUCGGGCCCCCAGGCGGGGCGACAGGCAUCGGGCCCCCAGGCGGGGCGACAGGCAUCGGGCCCCCAGGCGGAGCGGCGGGCACCGAGUCACCAGGCACAACAGUGGGCUCCGAGUCAACUGGUAUGACCGCUGGCACUGGGUCAGACAUUGGAUCUUCUGGCUGGACAGCGGGCAUCAGACUGAAGAGAGGCAUCAGGCUGAAGAGAGGCAUCAGGCUGGGUACAGGCAUCAGGCUGGGUACAGGCAUCAGGCUGGGUACAGGCAUCAGGCUGGGUACAGGCAUCAGGCUGAAGUGCGGACGGCAGGCUAACCGGUUUGGAUACUGGCAGGAUGGUAUUGGUUGGAAAGAAUUUUCGCUUUUUUCUGGUUUUAACUACUGGAGCACUGCAAGUAAACGCAGGUCUGCAAACGAAUGGAGCAGCUGGAGACAGAGAAGAGAUGGAGGAUGGAACAGAGGAGGGAGCAGUUGCUACAGAGGGCUUUUUUACAGGGUUAAAGGCAGGAUAGGUGCAGCGAGUGGGAACAGGGUACUGACAUGCGGUAGAUAGCAGGGCAGGAGGAGCUGUUGGGAAUGCAGGAAUAGAGCUUUGAGGAAAUAGAUUAGAAGCAGGACUGGGUUUUUGUAAGCUGACUGAGGCUGGGUGCAACAAGUCUGUCCAUGUCUGCAGUAUGGGUUGAACAAAGCUGAGCUUACACAAAGCCUGUCUGACUAAAGACUGCACUGCGUUUAUACAAUCUCUUAGUAUCUGUGGUGAACAUGCAGCAUAAUGCUCCAAGAAGCAAUCCACAUCAUCCUCUAAUAACCACACCAGGGACUCUACCUGGUCGGCACUAAAUGGCGGCAAAAAUUCAUCCCUGCAUUCGGGGGUACCAGAUGAAACCAACUCCACACAAAUCUGAAUCAAUGGCUGCACCUCAGAGAAUUCUGUGCCCUGAUCUACUAGAAACAUGAGCGAGCCGUAUACAUUCUAGCAGUUCAUCCCGGGGAUACUCCUUCAGAGUUUGAUAAGUAUACUCCCUGUCAUCAAACACUAGCAGAUAUAAAUACACAACCUCAUCAAGAUCCAUCCUUCCCAU